AUGCAGCAGGAAAUUUCGAAUUCCCGCUUCCGCAGCUUCUUUGUUCUUUCACCAGCUCUCCCAACUGAUCAGCUUGCCGCCAUGGGUGUACAGGGACUAUGGACACUCAUUGAACCUACAGCUCGUCCAGUUCAGCUCGAAACGUUGAGGAAUCGUAAAAUGGCGGUGGAUGCGAGCAUUUGGAUGCACCAGUUUAUGCGUACAAUGCGUGACAAGGAAGGCAAUGCGCUGCGGAAUGGUCACUUGCUUGGUUUCUUUCGUCGUCUAUGCAAGUUGUUAUUCUACAAUAUCAAACCAGUCUUCGUCUUCGAUGGUGGUGCACCUGAAUUGAAACGUGCGACCAUCCGUGGCCGCCGUCAACGUCGAGAAGGAGUUGCCACCAAUGCCAAGCGUACAGCUGAAAAGAUCUUGUCUGCUCAAGUGAAACAGCGUGUGUUAUAUGAAGAAGAGCAAAAACGACAACAGCCCCCAAAAGAAGAUGAUCAACAACAAUCAAUCAAUUUGGAGGAGAUGGAAAAGGCUGCUGCAUUACAAGAGAUCAAGCAAAAGUUUAAACGUGAUCAAUAUGAGCUACCACCUUUGGCAGGAGAAGGCGAUCGACAACAACAAGAUCCACGACUUGCAACGCAACAGGAAUUGAUUGAUUUUAUCAAUGAUUAUCGACCAUCCGAGCAAGAUAUCGACACCGAAGCAUUUCAAGCACUGCCUCCAGAAGUUCAAUAUGAGAUUGUGCAAGAUCUUAAGUUGAAAUCACGUCAAACUUCAUGGGCUCGACUUGAUGAAAUGGUGCGACAAUCUCGUACAGCGUUGGAUUUCUCCAAACAACAAAUCAAACAGCUCAUGCAUCGAAACGCCAUGACUCAGCGUAUGAUGGAAAUGGAUGGUUUGGCGAGCAAACAAGAGAGUGCACCAGUGAGGAUUGCAGGCGAACGUAGUCGAGAAUAUCUCUUGGUGAAGAACGAGAAUUUCAGUGAAGGAUUGGGAUGGAAGCUUCCUGGUACAGAUACCCCAAGCGAUACAGCACAUGUUCAAGAGACGCAUCGUGAGAAUGAAACACCUAUGGAAACUGGUGACAAGGUUCAAGAUGCAAUUGCUUCGAAUCCAAAACUCGCUGCUCUUUUCCAAAAUAUCGACAACAUUGAUGAAGAAGAAGAGGAAGAUGAAUGGAUGGAUACAACAACACACGACAACAUGACUCAUGAUCGACGCAUGGAUGAAUCUGAAGAUGAUGAUGAUGAUGAGCCACUCUUUUUGCCACAUGAUACAAAGCCUGCUCCAGUAUUUCGACCUGAUGAUCUUUUGGAGGAUAUGGAUGCGUAUGCUGAUGACAAUGAUGAAGCAAUGCAAGCGGUUCUUCACCAGAUUUAUGCUGACGAAGCUAAUUUCAACAAUGAAACAAUGACCGCUGCAUCACCUUUAAUGGAUACAACCAAGGAGCAAGAAUUACCAGACGAAACCCACUUGGAUCCUGAUCAGAUGUACAAUACGUGGUUAUCCAAGGUCCCAGAUGCCUUUAUUUAUCUUCAUUCAAUGAACGACGAAUACAAACAAAUCAUCCAUGACACAAUAUACGACCUUGACAUUGAUCAUCUUGAGAAGCAGCUUAAGCGAGUUCAGAAAUCAUUUGGCAAAACCAACGACCGUGAUGAGAUGGCUCAGGAAGCCUUGUCAUUUCAAGAGCAGUUCUUAUCAGCAGUUAUUGAUUGGAAAAAGGUUACGCAUGAAUCAGCCACCCUCGAUCACCAUUCACCAACCCCUGAGGACACUACAACAGCUACUGAACAUGUCAACGCAUCUACCCAACCAGAAAAGCCAAUUGAUGUUGCAUCGUCGCCUGAAUCCGUUCAUAUUUUGGAUGAGGGUGGAAGUCAAGAUAUUAUUACGAUUGAUGAGUAUGAGCGACAAAAGGCAACUACCUUGAAGGAUGAUGCUGCAAACGUGGAUGAGAAUAUACCCAGUGACAACGAUCCUCCCCAUGAUGUUGUAAAUACACUCACACACGAUGAAGAUCCUACCAUCAGCCCAAUUGCCACCAAAGACCUACUUGAUCAAAUCCCAGCAGAAGAUGGCAUCACAUCAACUGAUACGGGUGCAAUUGUGGAGGAGCAUGAAUCAUCAUCCAAGGUGGUGGAAGAAGCUGAACAAAUGGCUACUGAAGCACCUGAUGAGCUUCAAUAUGGAUACAAUUCAGACGAGGAAUUGGUGGACAAGGUGGAAGCUGAGGAGGAUGAAUAUGCUCGUUUUGUUUCCGAUAUUGCGCAAAAGGACCUUGAGAGUGUGCGGGAUGAGCUCUACAAAGACAUGAAAGAAUUGAACAAGCAGCAGCGUAAAGAGAUGGGUAAUACUGAUGAGAUUACGAGGCAGAUGACCCAAGAUAUUCAAGAAUUGCUGCGACUUUUUGGUAUACCCUUUGUGGUAUCGCCUAUGGAGGCUGAAGCGCAAUGUGCCGAGUUGGUUCAUUUAUCUCUCGUCGAAGGCAUUGUGACGGAUGAUUCUGAUGUUUUCCUUUUUGGUGGAAGCCGCAUCUACAAGAACAUGUUCAACCAGCAAAAGUAUGUCGAAUGCUACAUGACCACGGAUAUUGAAAGAGAGAUGCGCCUUGACCGAGGAAAGUUGGUGCAACUCGCGUUCUUACUUGGCAGUGAUUACACGGAUGGUAUUCCUGGUAUUGGUCCAGUUGCAGCCAUUGAAAUCUUGGCAGAAUUUUCACAUGACGAUGACAAGAACAUCAUUGAUCCUUUGAGGCGGUUCAGGGAAUGGUAUGAAAGUGGCCAUGACAACAGUGAUUUCCAAAAGAAGCUGAGGAAAAAGCACAAGGUGAUCGAUUUCCCCCACGACUUUCCAAAUCCACUUGUCGUGGACGCUUAUUACCAUCCCAUGGUCGAUGAUUCAAAGCAAGCUUUUGAAUGGGGUACACCUCAGCUGGAUACCUUAAGGGAUUACCUGAUGCAGUCAUUUGGUUGGUCAGAAGGCAAGGCGGAUGAAGUAUUACUUCCAGUUAUUAAGGAAAUGAACAAACGCAAGGCUGAAGGUCAACAAAGCAAUAUCAUUUCAUUCUUUGGUGGAUCGACCAACAUGGCAGCCACAAAUGUUGCACCACACAAGCGUCGUGCUCACAAGAGUAAACGUGUGCAAAAUGUUAUCAGCCGCUGGCGCCGACAAGAAGUUGAUGAUGAGGAUGAUGGCGAGGAGGAGGAAAAAGGUGAUGCACCAACAAAGCCAAAACAGAAAAGAGCACGGAAAAAGUAG